AUGGGUAUCAAAGGCCUCACCGCGCUCAUCUCCGACGAAGCGCCUGGCGCCAUCAAAGAGAUGGAGAUCAAGACCUACUUUGGUCGCAAGGUCGCCAUCGACGCCUCCAUGUCGCUCUACCAAUUCCUCAUCGCCGUGCGUCAAAAUGACGGUCAGCAGCUCAUGACAGAGUCCGGUGAAACGACUUCACAUCUCCUUGGCUUCUUCUACCGAACCCUCCGCAUGAUCGACUACGGCAUCAAGCCGAUGUACGUUUUCGACGGCACACCACCCGAUCUCAAGAAGGAGCUCCUGCAGAAACGCUUCGGACGACGAGAAGAGGCACGUGAGCAAGAGGAGGAGCAAAAGGACGUCGCCGACGUCGAAAAGAUGGAUCAGCUGGCGCGACGACAGGUCCGCCCUACACGACAGCACAACGAAGAAGUGAGGCAUCUUCUCAAGCUCAUGGGCAUCCCGUGUGUCAUUGCACCAUCCGAAGCCGAGGCCCAGUGUGCCGAACUCGCCCGCGCCGGCAAAGUCUACGCAGCAGGAUCCGAAGACAUGGACACGCUCACCUUUGGCACACCCAUCCUCCUCAAGCACCUCACCGCUUCCGAACAGAAGAAACUGCCCGUCCACCACGUCGACCUACCAAAAGCUCUGGAAGGACUCCAAAUGAGCAUGGCGCAAUUCAUCGACCUCUGCAUCCUCCUCGGCUGCGACUACCUCGACCCUAUCAAAGGCAUCGGCCCGAAAACAGCGCUCAAACUCAUCCGAGAGCACAAGACGCUCGAAAACGUCGUCGAACACCUCAAGGAAGAAGGCAAGAAAUCCGUCCAGAUCCCCGAACAUUGGCCUUUCCAGGAAGCAAGAAAGAUUUUCGAGAACCCAGACGUGCAAAAGGGCAAAGAUCUUGAUCUGAAGUGGGAGACACCGGACGUCGAAGCUAUGGUCAAGUUCUUGUGUCAGGACAAGGGCUUCUCCGAGGACAGGGUGAGGAAGGGUUGCGAGAAGCUGCAAAAGUCGCUGAGUCAGAAGCAGCAGGGCAGACUCGAUGGGUUCUUUACCGUCAAGUCCGGCGGAGCACCGCCAAAGCGCAAAGCAGAGGACGACAAGAAGAACAGCAAAAAGAAAGGCAAAAAGUGA